AUAAUAUGUAAAAUAAUUUACAGGAGAGAAAAUGGCGGCAGAACCGAGCAAGACGGAAAUCCAGACUCUUUAUAAGAGGCUUCGAGCAAUUCCCACCAACAAGGCCUGUUUCCACUGUGGCGCCAGGAAUCCGAGCUGCGCCAGCAUCACGUAUGGUGUUUUCUUGUGCAUUGACUGCUGCGGGGCCCAGCGCUCCCUGGGCGUCCAUCUCAGCUUCAUCAGGUCCACAGAGCUGGAUUCCAACUGGAGCUGGUUCCAGCUGAGGUGUAUGCAGACGGCCUUUUUCCACCAGCACGGCUGCACAGCCAGUGAUGCCAACAGCAAGUGCAACAGCCGAGCAGCCCAGAUGUACCGGGAGAAGAUCCGGCAGCUGGGGAGCGCGGCCCUGGCCCGGCGUGGCACUGACCUCUGGAUAGACAGCGUGAGCAGCGCUCCUAGCCACUCCCCAGAGAAGAAGGACUCAGUUCUUCAAAGAGCACACUCAGCCCCUGCCUGGGAUGUGCCAGCCGCUGAGCCUGCAGGGAUCCAGCAGCCAGCCCCGUCCGCAGAGAGCAGUGGCCUGGCCCAGCCGGAGCACGGUCCCAACACCGACCUGCUUGGCACCUCGCCCAAGGCACCCCUGGAACUGAAAAGCUCCAUCAUUGGCAGGAAGAAGCCAGCAGCAGCUAAGAAAGGCCUGGGCGCCCAGAAGGUGAGCGGCCGGAGCUUCAGCGAGAUGGAGCGGCAGGCCCAGGUGGCAGAGGAGCUCCGUGAGCAGCAGGCGGCACAUGCCAAGAAGCAGGCCGAGGAGUCCAUGGUCGCCUCCAUGCGUCUGGCCUACCAGGAGCUCCAGCUUGAUCGGAAGAAGGAGGAGAAGCAGCUCCAGAAUCUGGAGGGGAAGAAGCGAGAGCAGGCGGAGCGGCUGGGCAUGGGCUUGGUGAGCCGGAGCUCCGUGUCCCGCUCGGUGCUGUCCGAGAUGCAGGUGAUCGAGCAGGAGACCCCAGUGACCGCCAAGUCCUCCUGCUCGCAACUGGACCUGUUUGAGGACGUUUGGACGUUCACCUCUGGACCCCCAAAGUACAAGGACACCGCCUCUUCCUUGGGGGAAAGUUUUGGUUCCCGCUGGGAUACGGAUACCAUCUGGGGCAUGGAUAGGGUAGAGAAGGAGGCAGAAAUGACCAUCUCGAGCAUCCGGCCCAUUUCGGAAAGAGCCACAAGCCGGAGGGACGUGGAGAGCCGGAGUUCGGGCCUCGAGUCCAGCGAAGCAGGCCAGAAGUUUGCAGGUGCAAAAGCCAUCUCAUCCGACAUGUUCUUUGGGCGGGAGGUGGACGUUGAGUAUGAAGCCAGGUCUCGGCUGCAGCAGCUCACGGGCAGCAGUGCCAUCAGCUCUUCAGACCUCUUUGGGGACGUGCAUGGAGCCCAUGCAGCAGGAAGCAUGUCUCUGGGCAAUGUGCUACCCUUGGAGGACAUCGCCCAGUUUAAGCAGGGUGUCAAGUCUGUGGCCGGCAAGAUGGCUGUGCUGGCCAAUGGCGUGAUGAAUUCUUUGCAGGAUCGCUAUGGUUCCUGCUGAUAGCCCCGUGGCUCAGGUAUCACUGGGGACAGCAGCAAGAAACCCAUGGUUCUCAGGGCAUGGGUGCCUCCUGUGGAAGCUGGGUGGCUUGGUUACCUAAGUGUGUGCUGUACAGGGGGUGGCCCUGGAGGACUCUGGGGAGGGGGACUCCUGUGGAUUGAGCCCCUCCCCUGUGUGCCCUCAGCCUCUCCUCUGUGCAGUGUCCUUCCAGUCCUGCCCCCAGAGCUGCUGCUCACUUGUCCUGCACACUGGAGGGAUUUCGCUCAGGGUGGGAGGCCCAGCCUUUCCCCAUGCAGGGAAAGGGAAAAGUGUACACCUUCUGCUGGCUCCAGGAUCCUUC